AUAAUGAUGCUGUUUAUUCAAUAUGUUUCUCGCCAGAUGGAACUACUUUAGCUUCAGGUAGUUGGAAUAACUCAAUCCAUUUAUGGGAUUUUAAAACACGAUAAUAAAAAGCCAAAUUAGAUGGUCAUACUAGUUUCAUUACUUCAGUGUGUUUCUCACCAGAUGGAACUACUUUAUUUUCAGGUAGUGAUGAUAAGUCAAUUCGUUUAUGGGAUAGUAAAACACGAUAAUAUAAUGCCAAAUUAGAUGGUCAUAAUGAUUAAAAAAUUUUUAGUAUGAUUUUCUUAUAAGGAAAUUCUUAC